AUGGGCCCCUGUACCGCCUCCUCAUGCUGCUGCCAGGCCCGUAAUCUGCCAUGGGCCCCCGUACCGACUCCUCAUGCUGCUGCCAGGCCCGUAAUCUGCCAUGGGCCCCUGUACCGCCUCCUCAUGCUGCUGCCAGGUCCAGAGUGUGUCAUGGGUCCCUGUACGGCCUCCCAUUGCUGCUGUCUCCAUCGCCACACUCUGCCAUGUGCCACUUUCAGGUCUCCUCACACUGCUGGUGGGUUCCAUUUUGUCAUAGGGUGCUGUAUGGCCUCCCAUUGCUGCUGCCUCCACCGCCACACUGUGGCUCCACACUCUGGUUUUGGCCCCGUGACUGCCCAAAUGAGUGAAGUGUGCGGUGAUUCUAAGAUCGACGGCACUCAUCUGCAUGUCAUACUGACUGACAGUAUUAUUUCUCUUCCCCAGCAGACUCCAAGGGCAUUUAAAUUAAAGGUACAGUGUUCUGCACUAAUAUAA